AACCAAACUCAUAUCUAACGAGAGUAUAAUUCUUCAACCAAAGUAUAAUCAUUAAAAAAACGACAAAAAACUAAAUGGCUAUUAAACGACAUUAAAUCCUUAAAACGACAAAAACUGUCAUCAUAUAUUAUACAUAGGAAAAACCUCUUUUGUCAGAAACAACUUAGCAAUCAUCAAUGGCCGCCGCAGCCAUCACCACCAGCAGACGAGUUCGAGCAUUCAAGCGAUGGAUGAAGUCCAAAGGUGUCGACUUUAGCGAUGCCCUCCAAUUCCACGACUGCCCUCUUCAAGGAAUCUCCAUCAGAGCACUCUGCGACCUCACCGUAGGUGACGUGGUCGCCACCAUUCCCAAGCUUGCCUGCCUCACCGUCCGGAAUACUGGUGCAAGAGACCUCAUUGAAGCUUCCUCUUUGGAUGGUACUCUCGCUCUCUCUGUGGCCAUCAUGUACGAGAGGAGCCUUGGCCAGUUAUCCCCUUGGGCUCCUUAUUUUAGUGUCAUGCCUUACCAAGAGUCUUUGCCUUUGGUUUGGACUUCAGAGGAAGUUGAUAGGUUGCUCUGUGGUACUGAACUUCACAAGACAGUGAAGGAAGAUCAAGCUCUUAUAUGUGAAGACUGGGAAGAGAGUAUUCAACCUCUAUUAGAAAUGGAAUCUUUUCAGCUUGAUCCUACCUUCUUUUGCGUCCAAGAUUAUUUCGCUGCUAAAACUCUUAUUGCUUCUCGGUCUUUUAUGAUUGAUGACUUCCAUGGUUCAGGAAUGGUUCCCUUGGCUGAUCUCUUUAAUCAUAAAACAGGAGCUGAGGAUGUUCACUUCACAUCUGUUUCUUCUCACUCUGAAUCUGAUAGUGAAGCUGAUAUUGACCAAAUGAAUGGUGAUAAAUAUGAUGACAAUGAUUCAGAUGAUUCAGAGAUAGAGAUCAGUCCUUUGGGGAUGAAGUCUUCGGGCGAGUCUUCUUCUGAAUUGGGGGAUGAACCUUCAGCUAUGGAGAUGAUUAUGGUCAAAGAUGUUAAAGCUGGAUCUGAGGUUUACAACACUUAUGGCUCAUUAGGUAAUGCUGCAUUACUUCACAGGUAUGGAUUUACAGAGCCUAAUAACCCAUAUGACAUAGUGAACAUCGACAUGGAAAUAGUACUCGAAUGGAGCUCGUCUUUAUUUUCUAGCCGAUGCACUAGAGCAAGGGUAUCACUAUGGAAAAAACUCGGUUUCUCUGGGUGUGAAAGCCAAGAAGAGUCUGAUUAUUUUGAGAUCUCGUUCGAUGGAGAGCCUCAAAUAGAGCUACGAAUAUUGUUACACAUAAUUCUGUUACCCGAGGAUACAUAUUACGAGUUGGAUUCUGCAGUGUCAACUUGUGUGAAUUCAGUUGGGGAAUUAAAGGAAGGAAAGGGCAUGUUUUUGUUGAAAGGAAUCACAAAACCGAGCAAUGACAUGUUCAUGAACAAAAGUGUUGGCGACACUCUUUUAUCGGUUGCAAAUAUUAGAGAGAGUCUUUAUGGUUCAAAUUCGUUAGAGGAUGAUAUUGAAGCGUUGGAGAAGUGUUGUUGCGUAAGAGAUAAGAAAUUGUACCAUUCUUUGGCGCUUCGAAUUAGCGAGAGAAGGAUUCUUCAGAAACUCAGAAGUUAUGCUGCUGAGGCUGCUCAUUUGAGAAUUGGCAAAAGAACUUCUGCAAGGAAGAAACCUAAGAAGACUUGAAAUGAAAUAUGAGAUUUUUGUAAUGAUUUGAUUGUUUUUUUGAAAUAUUUCUUGUUUUCAAGUUAUGUUUUUUUCAAUUUAAAAGAGGCCAAAACAAGGUUAAGAAUUUUUGUUAAA